AUGGGGAGAUCCAAGAAAGGGUCUGUCUGUUGCAAGAAACAGUCCGAUCCGAGUAAAUUGAACCAAGAAGAGAUCAUUUCUCUUUUUAGACGGAUUCAAUCUUCAAUCUCCAAAGGAAAAUCACCAGAAGGACUUGAGGGGAGGAAGAACCGCGAUGGGACUCCUGAGAAUGUGCCAUUGAGCAAAGCUAUUCUCGACAUUCUUGAGAAACCAAGAAAGAAAACCGAGGGAGAUACUAGAGUGAAGGAGCCACCAGAGAGACAAGUGAAGAAGGUAACUCGGCCACCGUCUAGUUUUGCCAAGCGAUCACCUAUUAGACCUACUUCAGGUCCAAGAGGUAAGCUUCCAAUAACACAGCACGAUAAAGCUUUAAAAGAAAUGACAGAGAAGGAAGAGAAAGCUCCAUUGAUAGAAACUAUGAAACUUGCAGAGCUAAAAGAAGUUGCCAAGAACAGAGGAAUCAAAGGCUACUCCAAGCUGAAGAAGAGCGAGCUUUUGAAACUGAUAAGAUCAUCCUAA